AUGAGAUUCGCACUAACAGGCACAGUUCUCAGUUUCGCAGCGCUGGCGUUGGCGGCGCCAGCGUCGACAUUGCUGCGCACCAGCAGCAAUGACACAGACGUGGAUAUUCUUCAGUUCGCUCUUACACUGGAACACCUUGAAAAUGCGUUCUACAAGCAGGCUCUGUCCAUGUGGACACAGGACGACUUCGUCGCGGCCAAUUUCACACCGGAGUUUUUCACGCAGGUAAAAUACAUCACGCACAACGAGAAGCGUCACGUGCUUUUCCUGGAGGACACACUGCGCGCCGCAGGUGUUGAGCCUGUCCCAGCGUGCAGCUACCAGUUUAACCUCUCGGGUCCGCAAGACUUUGUCAAGAAGGCCGCAGUAAUCGAAGGGGUCGGUGGAGGAGCGUACGUGGGCGCAGCGCCUCUGCUCGCGUCCAAGCAGUACCUGACCGCGGCCGCGUCCAUCGUGGUCACCGAGUCGCUGCACCAGGGUGCUUUUCGUAACGCUGCGGGAGAAAUUCCCAUGGCGAAUCCUUUCGGCACGGCGCUGAGCGCGCGCACGGCUUACUCUGCCGCGUCGCCGUUCAUAGUGAGCUGUCCGCCUACAGCCCACAUCGACGUGCAAAGAUUCCCGGAGCUCACGCUCGCACAGGGCCUGCCUGUGGCGCCCAACGAAUCCGUCGCGUUCACGGUCGCGGCGGGUGGGCCCGCUGUGCCAUCUCCAGCGUACGUGACCUUUCUUUCGGGACUCGACACGGUGCCCGUCACGGCGUCGGUCUCUGGUAACCAGAUCACGUGCAUGGUGCCUCCUCAGCUGUCCGGCCAAUCAUACGCUUUCGUAACUUCUGACGACAGCUCCACUAACCUCACCGACUCUGGCGUCUUAUACGGUCCUGCGAUCGUCGAGGUGACUCCCGGAAGCCCAACCUUCAACGUCUCUGUGACUUGA